CUUUAAAGCUGCUGGACACAGAUUUCACGUAAUCUCCGUUACGGAUGUUGAAGUGCCACAAUUGAUGACUCACUGUAGUCUCUCUCUCUAGAUCGCCGUGAUUGUAAACGCGCACUCCCUUCUAUCUCCGUGGUCCACAGCAGUUCGGCGUUUUUGCAAAAUAGUGCUCUGCUGUUGAAUGGCGCCCUCUGAAUACGCUUGCGCUGUAGGCAUUACCAACCUGCUUUCCUGCCAAAUACAUGCCCUAGAUGCAGACUCACUGCGCGGCGUCGGAUGCUGUGCAGGUGGGAGAGCAAAACACUCGCGUGAAAACUGACUGAGAAGAAGGCGAAAUGACAAGGACAGGUCUUGCAGUUGGUUGAUAAAGAAAAGCCUACGUUAGACCUCGCCUCACACAUUCUUACGUUAUAAGCUACAUCCAUCCGCAAUAUCACACCUUUACUCUCUCCGAGUGAUGCUUCUGCUGCUGUCUGUGCAGCAUCCUGACACUGAGCCCUGACACUAACAACCUCAAGGACCCUAACUCAUCUACCUCGACAUCCCGCUUUACCCUGGUACUGGCACUGCUUCACCCACAGAAGAUAGAUGAGCCUGGGAGGCUGCCUGACCCACACUCCCUGCCAGCUUUACAGACAGGAGCGGCUCCACUCCGCUGUGGGUGUGGAUGAGUGAGCGUGUCUGCUGAGUUUGGCUAACCACCCGCAGAUAGGUGGUGCUUGAGCGGAGUCCUGCUGGGAGAAGUAAUGCUCUGUGUGUAGACCUUCCCCAUUCCAAUCAUGAGCCACCAGGAGGCGCCGCAUGGCCAGGAGUUGAGAGAGGCGGCUGAGGCAGACUUGGAGCGUCGGGGCCCCGAGGGCCAACAGCCCCCCUCAUCCCACCGUAGACGCCACGACAAUGGAGAUGGCAGCUCCCGCUCCGGUCGACCCCGCAACCACCACAGCAACCACGGUACGGAGAAUAACCACUACCAGUCUCAACAACAGGGGGCCCCACGCUACCGCAGGUACGAGGGAUCUAACGGAGGGACGAACCGCACGCGUGCCACGAGGAGGACUGCGGAAGAAGGUGACACUGAGCAGCAACCCGUUCAGCAGCCCAUACCAAGACCUGCAGUGACACGCUACCGCAGACAGGGAGACAACGAAGCCCGAAUCCGGGCUCAACAACAGAGACAGCGACAGCGGGAGAGGCAGCAGAGAGACGCAGAGAGAGCCGAACAGCACAGGCUGGACCAUCAACAGCAUCUCAUCUCGCCUACACAAGCCAUGCCGGCCAGUAGAGAGCCAGAGGAAGCUGAGGAAGACGAGGGCGAUGGUGGCAGUGCUUUGGCCCGCUCCGCCAGCACGGAGAGCGGCUUCCACAACCACACAGACCGGGCAGAGGGGGAUGCAGUCAUGGUCCUGGAAGCAGAGCCCGAAGACGAAAGCACAUAUGGCAUCCCACUUCGCCCGGAAUCGGAGGAGUACACAGAGAGUGCAGAGUCAGAGCAACAGCACGGUGGUCCAGCUUACCUCCAACCCCAAUACCCACCUCAGCCCCCGCCGCUACCUCGAGAGCCCCUGCCCAAUGCUGAGAGGCCCCGUGAUGCAGAGACGCUAAACCCCAAUUACUCCAAUUAUGUUUACACUCAACCCAUGUACCGCAGUUCCACCGGAGCAGGAGAGGCCCGUGAAGGUGGAGCAACAGAAGAUGAGCCGUACUCUGAGCCCUACGCUGAAUACACACUUCAGGAGCAUGUUUAUGAGGAAAUCACGGACGCCCCUUCGACCAAAGCCGAGGGACAGACUCCACAACAACGCAGGGCAGAGUUCAGGCUCUUCGAUCGUGACCUCUACCAGCAACAAGAGGCUGUUGGGUCCAGGCUCCACCACUAUGACGAGCGAUCUGACGGAGAGUCGGACAGCCCCGAAAAGGAAGCAGAGUUUGCCCCGUACCCCCGUGCUGACAGCUGCGAACAGGAUGAGGACAUUGACCUGAUCGUGGCAGAGGUGAAGGAGAGUCUGAGCUCACAGAGCCUGGAGCGUGUCGCCAUGGGCCUGGACAAGGACGGGAAUGAAGAAGAAGAGUGGCCUGAGUCAGAGUCCCAUGGUCAAAUGGACGAAAUCAAACCCAAUGAGCCAAUGGGUGAAAGAGAGGGUGUAGAACAGCCCCUUAGAAGUCCCUUAGAAGAGCCAGCUCCAGUUGUAAAGAGCAGUCGUGAGAAGAGAGAUGCAAUCUCACUGGCUAUUAAGGACAUCAAAGAGGCAAUAGAGGAGGUGAAGACAAGGACGGUCCGUUCGCCCUACACGCCAGACGAGCCCAAAGAACCCAUCUGGGUAAUGAGGCAGGACCUGAGUCCCACGGCAGAAUCUGACCUGCAGCCAUCUCUGGGGGCUGAUUCACCAGGCUCAGGCUCCACCUCCCCACAGGGGGCGGAGUCUUCCAGCCGUCACCUGCCGUCACAUGAGGGGAGUGACAGCUUUGAGUCUCCAUCUCCAGCCAGUAAAGAGUCAAGGAGAAGUCUUGCUUCAUUCCCGACAUACGUAGAAGUACCAGGCCCAUGUGACCCAGAGGACCUCAUUGACGGUAUUAUCUUUGCUGCUAACUACCUGGGAUCCACCCAGCUGCUCUCAGACAAGACGCCCUCCAAAAACGUGCGCAUGAUGCAGGCUCAGGAGGCUGUGAGUCGCAUUAAGACGGCCCAGAAAUUAGCCAAAAACAGGAAGAAGGCUCCAGAAGGUGAAGCUCAGCCCAUGACGGAGGUGGACCUCUUCAUCUCCACUCAGAGAAUCAAAGUGCUCAAUGCAGACUCGCAGGAGACCAUGAUGGACCACCCUUUAAGGACCAUCUCCUACAUCGCUGAUAUUGGAAACAUUGUGGUGUUGAUGGCCAGAAGGAGAAUGCCUCGCUCCGACUCUCAGGAGAACACGGAAGCCUCUGACCCAGCUCAGGAUGAGAAGCGCCAAUACAAGAUGAUCUGUCACGUGUUUGAGUCUGAAGAUGCUCAGCUCAUAGCUCAGUCCAUCGGCCAGGCUUUCAGUGUGGCGUACCAAGAGUUUCUGCGUGCCAAUGGCAUCAACCCAGAGGAUCUGAGCCAGAAAGAGUACAGCGACCUCCUUAACACACAGGACAUGUACAACGAUGACCUCAUUCACUUUUCCAAGUCUGAGAACUGCAAAGAUGUUUACAUAGAGAAGCAGAAGGGAGAGAUUCUUGGGCUGGUGAUCGUGGAGUCGGGCUGGGGCUCCAUCCUGCCCACGGUGAUUAUAGCAAACAUGAUGCACGGCGGCCCGGCUGAGAAGUCCGGCAGGCUGAACAUUGGGGACCAGAUUAUGUCCAUCAAUGGCACCAGCCUGGUGGGGUUACCUCUCUCCACCUGCCAGAGUAUUAUCAAGGGACUGAAGAACCAAUCCAGAAUAAAACUUAACAUUGUGAGAUGCCCACCUGUGACCACUGUCCUCAUCAGAAGACCAGACCUGAGAUAUCAGCUGGGAUUUAGUGUGCAGAAUGGCAUUAUUUGCAGUCUGAUGAGAGGAGGGAUAGCAGAGCGCGGUGGGGUGCGUGUCGGCCACCGGAUCAUUGAAAUCAAUAGCCAGAGUGUUGUGGCCACCCCUCAUGAGAAGAUUGUACACAUUCUGUCAAAUGCAGUUGGUGAGAUUCACAUGAAGACUAUGCCGGCUGCCAUGUACCGCUUGUUAACAGCCCAGGAGCAACCAGUUUACAUCUGAAGCUACGAUGCUUUCUCAAGCCUCCUACCCUGUUGUCACCAGAUAUAACCUUAAUCUUGAUGUGAAACUGUCAGCCCUGUGGACUGGUGACUGUGUGACUGAAUCGACUGAAGCUCUGCUCCACAUGGCUUUCCAUGAUGCUUCGGUUUCUCUUCACUGCCUCCCCUGAGCUCUUCAUCUCUUCUUUUCUGUUGCUGUGAGUGAGUAUGCUGUGCUGUGUAAUUCCUCUCUCUGUGUGCACUCAGUGAAAGGAAGCAGAGAGAGAGUGAGAAAUAUUUUAAAGAGCCCCAUCGCAGAAAGUGGUGUCCUUCAAAAUAGCUUUUGAAAUGAUAUAACUGGGUAACAAAAACUACACCUGUGUGAUCGUUAGGUGUACAAAAUGAAAAAGGAGUUUGCCUUACCAUACUUUUAUGAUGUUAUUUAUUCAAGCUUGGCAACCAUCGAGUGUUUUAGAGUCAACUUUAAUUUUAAGGGCAGCUGUUAGUCUGAGGAAUAUGGUGAAAAUGGCCAAAUUCAGAAAAAUUCAAGUCAUAACUUAUUUAAUUGGUCAAAACCCACAGGAUGUUGAAUUGGAAUGACAGGAAAAUUGCUAUUCAGAGACAUUCAUUAGUUAAUACAAUAAAUAAUUACAUUAUUCAUUUGGACUAAUUAGGUCUAUAUAUUUCCUGAUAUGUAAAAUGUAACUGAUUAGAUUUUUAUUUAAACUAAGUAUAGCAGCACACAGACACCAAAACCGAUUUUUUUUUUAAAUUCCAUACAAAACAAAAGCAGCUUUUUACUAUUGCCAUAUUUGUGACUGGAUAAAUUGGAGUAUUCUGGGAAAUGAAGUGCUCUUUAAUUAUGGUCCAUAAAAUGAUAUUUAAUUUAUUAAAUACAUAACAUUUUCUAUGGGUGGCAUUAUUAAUAUUAUUUAAUGUUUCUGAAAAUGGCCCGAUUUACAGUAAUUUAUACUGAAGCGUAAAACCACAUAUGCAUAUAGUACAUAUUAAUUCUACUUGCUUAAAUUCAAAUUUGAAUUACAAUUCUACAUCCUGUGUUUUGAGGAAGGGACCAAACCAUCGAGUCCUUUAAAAAAAAAAAAAAAAGGUUUUCUUAAACACAGUUCCUAUUAAAAUGACGAUGACUUUUUUGGUGUGGUCAUCUGUGGUGGAUAAUUCAUGUCUAGUAUAUCUAGGAGUAUACUGUAUGUAUAGUAGAGCACAUAGAAAUUGUGGAUGAAAUGCCUUACAGAAUGAUGAUGCCAUAUUUUGAGACAUAUGGAGAUCUGAGAAUAAUUGACAUUUUUUGAAUGGGACACUGUUGGAGACGUUUUGGACUUAAAUGUACCUCUUGAAAUAAACACACAUAUAUUAGUCAGGUAGUAGGAAGAAAGCAUCCUAAAAAUUAACCAUUUUGUUGUGUUUAACUUUUUUUUUUUUUACAUUAAUGUGCAAUAUUUUUAUUUGUUGUAAAUGACUGCGUUCCUUAUUUUUAUGCACAGAAAACCUUCCUUUUUGUCUUAAACGAACAUCUGUAUAUGAAAUAAUAUUGCAAAUUAAAUAUGCUUAUAUUGGUAGCAUUUUCUUUUGAACAUUUAUACUUGAAAAACAUUGUGUGAAGAAACUUUUAAGGUGAUCUAAAUCUCGUGUUGACAUUUUCAGGAUGGAUUCGAAGAAUUCCAUUCUGAGAGAUCAUUUAUCUUUUUUUUUUUUACCUCGUCAUUACAGCCUUUUUUAUCAACUGUCAAAUGUUUAAUUCAUGUGUGCUACUUUUUCACUCUGUUUUUUCACUUAAGAACAGAAUGUGUCUUAACAGAACUGUAUUCACUUAGAAAGCUUUGGUCUGGUAUAUUUGAUCUGUUUUAGUACAGAGCUGAUUCAACAUGAACUGAUUCAAAACCAACUGUGUUUCCAGAGACUCUCAGACAAACAUUAUAAUACUAUUUGUGCAAGAACUGACUGGUGUUUGUCCGUCAGCAUGCUUUGGCACAUCUCCAUUGUCACUUACUUAUUAGAGACUGUCUGCAGUCUGGUAAAUAUCACUAUAUAUGUGAUUUUGCAUCUGAAGAAAAAAAAAAAAACAACCAGUCUAUCAAAUGAGCAUAAAAUGUCUUACAAGAAGCUUAUUGCUAUGAAUUAUUGACAACUUUCCUCCAUUUUACCAUCAAGUGUACUUGAGCGAUGCUUGGAGUUUCUUCAUUUUUGAGAGCACACUCAUUUGCAAAGGAAUCUUUUGCCAACAUAUGAAUAAUAAAAUGUAGAUUACAUCACAGUAUGCUGACAUAUUACUACAGUGUUGAAUCUGUAUUAAUACUAGAAAUAUUGUGAUGAAAUGCAAUGACUGUAUUUGAUGGCAUUAUGGCUUUUUGAGACGUUAGCAAACUCCUUGUUAUCGUUCCGAUGGUAAGAAAACUUCUUAUUGCUUGAAAUGUGUAUUUCACCCCCAAACUACAGUCUGACCUCAUUAUUUACGGUAUUCUGUUGCUAAUGGAAUCAAAAGUCAUUAACACACAGGAAGGGCCUCGUGUUUCAUUGUUUUUUGCUUUAUGUGAAGCAUGGUCUUUUUGUAUGCAUUGCUAUUUAUUCUUGUACUGAGUGUGAUGUGUGAUUACAAAAUACUUCAUUAUAAAAUAAAACCAGCUAGACACUUUCAUAUAUAUAUAUAUAUAUAUUAUAUUAUAUUUAUUUACAUAUAGCAUAAUAUAUACAGUAUAUCCAAUGAACAUAUACCAUGUGUACAAUAAUGAAGGUAAAUUGUGCAAAAGUCUUUGACACCACUUUUUCAUAUUUGUUUUUAAGGAGUAGUUCACCCAAAAACGAAAAUUUGCUGAAAAUCCAAGAUGUAAAUGAGUUUGUUUCUUUAUCAGAUUUAGAGAAAUUUAUUUUAGCGUUACAUCACUUGCUGACAAAUGGAUGCUCUGCAGUGAAUGGGUGCCGUCAGAAUGAGAGUCCAAAAAGCUGAUACAAAAAUCACAACAAUCUACAGAUAAUCCAAACAAAUGCCAGUCUGUCAAUUAAUGUCUUGUGAAGUGAAAAGUUGUGUUUGUAAUCAACAAAUCCAUCAUUAUGACCUUUUAAAUGUUGAUGGUAGCCAAAAUACCAAUCCAAAAUCAAUAUUAAAUCUUCCUCCAGUGAAAAUGUUCACACACUGUUGUCCUCUUAACAUCAGUUCUAUUAUUAUUUGUUGAGAACUGUUUUGGCUUGUAAACAGUGAUAUGCACAUCUGUGUAUAUUUCUCUCCUGAUUCAGAUGAGAUGACUAUUUUUCUAAAAUAUUGUUUGAAGUUAAAAAUGUCUUUAUGAAUUUGUUUCUUACAAAUACUUCACUUUUCCACUUUUUUCUUACAAAGCCUUUAAUGUUAGAUGUUAAUUGAUGGACUGGGGUCGUGUGGAUUACUUGUGGAUUAUUGUGAUGUUUUUAUCAGCUGUUUGGACUCUCAUUCUGACGGCACCCAUUCACUGCAGAGGAUCCACUGGUGAACAAGCGAAGUAAUGCUACAUUUCUCCAAAUCUGUUCCGAUGAAGAAAGAAACUCAACUACAUCCUGGAUGGCCUGAGGGCGAGUACAUUUUCAGCAAUUUUUCAUUUUUGGGGCCAAAUAUUACUUUAAAGGGCAUCGCAUUAUGAUCGAUGUCCGCCGGCCGAAUAACACCAUAAUUUUUGCCAUAACAUAUGUGGUCCGCUGCCACCAUGGAACUAUUUAUUGUAAAAGAUGUUGCGCAUUUUUAUACUGAAACGAAAGAGCGACCUAGUUAAUCUGUGCUAGUCAGUUUAACUGGUUAAGACAGUUACGUUUUUGCGCUGUAAGAUUAACACAUCAACCCACAACCUCAAUGUACCUUCAGUGUCCCAGACUUCUGCACUAUAUAGUACAGGACAUGCUGUAUCCGGUUCACAAUGAUGUGCAAGCUUUAAAAAGUGAUGGAUUGAAAUAUUUAAUAUUGGAGAAACAAAACAAGUGGCUUAAUGUGAUUUUAAAAUGACACCAGGAAUGAAAUAUCAAUGUAAAUAUGUAACGCAGGAUGUGCAGAGUAUAGGACGGGUUCAGCAGGUUCCCACCUCAAGACUGUAGAAUACAAGGCCUCAGCGGGUUGUGUGGUUUGUACUGAAGUAGGAAAGAAACUAUGGGUUUGAUUAGUACUUAAUGCACUUGCUCUGAAUGUAAUUACAAUUAUAUGUUUGUCAAUGUCUAAAAGUAAAAACACUUUCUGUAAAGCAACAGCAAUGUUUAUUUAUUUGCUAGCUUUUCUGUGAUUGAACUAUUUAGACACAUUCCUUUACCAUAGCAGGAAUGUUUGUAACAGUAUUUACAACAUUAAACAAACUACUGAGAGCAGAUACAACCAGAAUGUCUCUUUUGAUCUCUUGACUUUAUGUUUUUGAAAGAAGUCUCUUCUGAUCAAAAACACAGUAAAAAUAGUCAAAUUGUGAAAUGUUGUUACUAUUUAAAAUAACUGUUUUCUAUUUUAAUAUAUUUUAAAAUGUAAUUUAUUCCAGAGAUGGCCAAGCUGAAUUUUCAGCAAUCUUCAGCGUCACAUGAUAUGCUGAUUUGGUGCUCAAGAAACAUGACCUAUUAUUAUCAAUGUCGAAAACAGUUGAAUUAUUUGAUAAAUAAAAAUUUAGAAAUUCAAC